AUGGCUAAUCAAGACUACUAUCUACCUCGUGGCUCCCGGAUCCUGGUAACAGGCGCCAACGGCUUCGUUGGGAGCAACGUUGUCUACAACCUGCUUGAAUUAGGGUUCAAGGUGCGUGGGACUGUCCGCUCUGAAAAGCCAUGGCUUGAUGAGAUGUUCCAGGGGGAGUUCGGGCAGGAUGCGUACGAGUCUGUUGUUCUUGCUAACUUUGAGAAUGUGGAUACUCUGGUUGAGGUGAUGGAGGGCGUAUCCGGCGUGGCACAUGUGGCAUCGGAUGUUAGCUUCAGCUCGAAUCCGGAAGAGGUUGUACCGUGGGUGGUGAGAGCUGUUGAUAAUCUGCUAGAGGCUGCAUCGAGACAUUGUGAUAUACAGCGGGUUGUCAUGACCUCUUCUUCGAUUGCGGCGUUGUUUCCGGAGCCGAAUAGGGAGGGGAUCGUUGUUCAUGAGGAUUCUUUCAACGACGAGGCUAUCAAACAAGCCUAUAACCCGGAUACUCCGGAGCAUCUGAAGGGCCUCUUUACCUAUGCUGCAUCCAAAACCGAGGGAGAAAAGGCCGCAUGGAAAUGGAUGGAAAACAACAAACCAAAUUUUCAAUUCAAUACUGUGUUGCCGGAUUUUACUGUGAGUUCUUUCCUUAGGUGGCAGAUUCAAAAAGACGGCAUUAACUCGAACAAGCUUGGGAGAAUCCUCCACGAAGAGAUCGCCGGCUCAACAAUAGGCUAUGUCCGUGGCCUAACCAAGGGGAAUGCAGAUUCAUUCGGUUCAUUUAUGCCGCAAUAUUUCUGCGAUGUCAUCGACAUUGCACGUCUCCAUGCAGCUGCCCUCCUGGACCCAAAUACGGUCUCUCGCCGACUUUUCGGAUUUACUGCCCCUGUGAACCUCACCGAUAUGAUCUCAGCCAUUCGCAAACUCCGACCUGAUAACACUUUGAUCCCUGACACUCCUGUUAACGAGGGACGUGAUCUGAGUAAAAUCCUCCCAGCCAAGGAAGCAGAAAACCUCCUACGGGAAUUUUGGGGACGGGAAGGGUGGACACCCCUGGAGGAGAGCAUUGCGCAGGGGAUUGAAGGGCAUUGA